CCUCACUUCUGAGGCUGGUUCCAGGGCUGCUCAGAUGAGGCUGUCCAGCACCUUCACCUGGGCCUUGCUGUUCAGUACAGCUGCCCUGGGUUCACCUGCACAGUACAAAGGGUAUAGUGGCUGUGGUGGCCUCCUCACAGACCUGUCGGGCAGGAUCUCCAACUACAUCGGACCAAAAACUGUCUGUGUCUGGACCAUCCAGAUGACCCCAGGUCUCGAUGUUGCUAUGGCAAUACCGGGCCUCAACCUCACCUGUCAUAAAGAGUAUGUGGAAAUCCAAGAUGGGCCUCCAGGAUCUGCUAGCUAUGGGAAGAUUUGUGAAGGUCUAGGUCUCACCUUUCGAUCUUCCUCCAACAUCUUGACUGUCAAGUACACCAGGAAACCCGACCACCCAGCCUCUUCUUUCGAUGUGUAUUACUAUGGGGAACCAGAAGGUAGUCGGGGGCAGGGGUACUGCUGAUGCACUCCCCCCUUCCAUGCCAGACUACGUGGCGUGUUGGGCAUGUGGCUUUUUGUGUGACCACUGAAAUAAGCUUGAGCCAAAGUUCCACUGGACCAUCAUCAGGUGAGGGAGAGUUGGGGUGGCCCAGUGACCCUCGCAGAAACAUCUACAGAUUCUACCCCUACCUCUCUGCAAGCCCAGAUCUUGGGAUGGAGACUGCCUGAUAUGAAAACUCCUUUUGGGAUUGUACCUUGAUGUCGUUGAUUCAU